GACAGCUGAAAGGUUCACACGUGGUUUAGCCAUGUGCUCACCUCUGGGCCGGACCACGCUGACACUACCGACUCGGCUUUUGCGGGUAUGCCUCCCGGCAAACUUUGUUCGUGCCGGGCAGGGGAGACAGGGGACCGGCCUCUCGAGGUCGCCGGUGGCGGGCGGAGAGUCCCGGCCGGCCGCACGGUGUGCCGGGCAGUGCUGGAGCACUUUGACGCGGAGUACGGAGAGCUGGUUUGGACAGCGUUGGUUGAAGUUCAGGGCAGUGAUGCUUGCACCCAACAAGUGGCAGUAUGCCGCUUUGCCCAACCUGUUUGCGAUGCAGCAAAGGAGAGAGCAGUCCUGCCCUCAGCAUCACUCACAGCAGCUGGCCGAGGAGGAGGAGGCACGUCACACACAGCACAGCGCCUUUCCAUCCCACGAUUGUGACAAUGCGCCCUCCUGCAAACUCGCUGACGGCAGUUGGUCAGACUGCAAUGGGAACGUUACUACCAAAGACAUCACGGUCAGUGAUUCUCCACACCUGCACGCGAACUGUAAUGGGGACACCUGGGCGUCUGGCUCCUGCGACAGACUAGCGCAAAUGCCAGACGGUCCGAGAGAUUGCGACGACAUCCACACAACCUCCAGUGAUCGGAGCGAGACGAAUGAAAUCGAACGGUGUGCAGAUAGGAUCGCGAGGCGGUGCCCGCCGCGCGACCACGCUUUCAAAGAGGCGGUGUAUCUGUCAGCCACGGGCAUCCUGCGCAGGGAGACUCGAGAAGGCUUGGCGGAGCACUUCCGCGACACCUUCCCCGCCGGUUCGCAUGGACCUGAGUGGCCGCUCAGAUCUCUCGACGACGGCCGGUCCGCUGGCGUCGCCGGAUUGUGGUGCUUCUUGGCGCAGGCCGGCAGGCCCUUCCCGAAGCUCCGGCACGAGCCGGGCCGCCUCAAGGCGUUCUACGUCCUCAACGCCGCCUCGCUGUUACCCGUGCUGGCGCUGGAUGUGCGGAGCGGGGAGCGGGUGCUCGACAUGUGUGCUGCUCCCGGGGGCAAAACCCUCGGCAUCCUGCAGUGCGCGCAGCCAAGUGAGGUGCCGGGCUUGCUGUGCGCCAACGAGCCGGACGAGUUGCGGCGGCGGCGUCUGCUGCUGGCGCUGGAGUCGUUCGUGCCGCGCUCAGCGCUGCGCUCGCUCGUCGCCGUGUCGGCGCGGGACGGCUGCGAGCUGGGCGCCCUGCAGCCCGCGUCCUACGACAAGGUCCUUGUGGACGCCCCCUGCUCGAACGACCGUAGCUGGCUCUACGGCGGCAGCGAGGCGCUUGCCGAGCUGCGUGUCCGCGAGCGCGCGCACCUGCCCGGCCUCCAGACGCAGCUGCUGCGGUCGGCGCUGCGGGCCGUGAAGCCAGGUGGGAUCGUCGUGUACGCCACCUGCACACUGAACGCACGCGAGAACGCCGGGGUGGUGCGCGCCGUGCUCGAGGGCAACGCCGGCGUCGACGCAGAGGUCGUCGACUUGGCAGACAUGGCACGGGGUCUGCAGGGUGUAUUUUCAUUGGACGGUGUUCCGGGCGGCAGUGGUGGAGGAGCAGGAGAGCAGCCAGGCCUGCUCGUGGUGCCGGAGGAAGGCCGCGCGUGGGGACCCCUGUACCUGUGCAAGCUGCGCCGGCAAAGCUGAUGCUGUCGACUUCGCGUUCUCAGCUUACGACGACGUAAACGCACGGUGCCGCACCACCCAAGCAACGGCGAUUCGCAUUCGCUCAGACACUCAUUCGCUUCACCUUUGACGUUAGAUUUCCUUCGGGGCAAUGGGGAAAUUUAACACGUAGGCUUUCGCGACCAAUAUUAUUCAUAAUCAACGUUUUUGGGUUUAGAUCGCGUUAUUUAUAAAUGUGUCGUAACCCUCCACAACCUGACACGGCCAAUCAGUAAAAAAGUGUCACGUUGACAAAAGACAAAUCGUUCACUGCUUUAGCCCACCGGUGUG